GAGGUUAAUCUUACGACCCUCUGUCACCUCCUCGGGCAAAAUCUUCAAAAAUUCCAGCACACAAUCCCCCGCAGUACUACCCAAAACUGACCCCACCGUGGCCAAAACAUCCUUCCAACUCAGCAUCUGGAUCGCCAAACUGGCCAAACAUACACAUAGCUGGGUCUGAAUAGGUCGCGGGCCUGAGGCAAAGGCAACGAGUAGAUUGAGGACGGAAUCGCGAAGCGCCACUAUAGAGUCUGGAGGCAAUUGGUCCAAAUCAAAGAUGAUCUGUAACUAUCAGCACCUUACCUCCACUUUCGCGAUACGCGAAGAAAACCUCCGAUUCAUACCUUUCCCUUCAAUGUAGUCGCCGCAAACAAUUUUGCUUCCACUGGAACCUCGGAAGACUGUAAUAGAGCGUGCGUAGUUGUCCAGGCCUCGACCUAAUUUUGGGAGAAGCAGAAACACGUCAGAAAAGCCUCGACCUCAAAAGCAAAACCUCCCACCAUAAAACAAAACAUACCGACUUCUGGAACUUCUCAAGGAAUUCAUGUGCCUGAGCCUUUUCGGACCUAGGCACAUUCCCUUGCAUGGUUGCGACGGCCGCUAGGACCGGGGCAAAUGCCUGCCCACCAUCCUUGCUGGCCAUGUUGGGAGGAGGGUGAGCGGUUUGGAAAGAAGAAAGAGAUUUCAGGUCCAGAAACUCAAAUGCACAUCAAAGAUAAAAUCCAAAAAAAUGAGCGAAACGCAGGCAAUAGCGUGGUGGUCGACGUGGUGGGAUCGCAAAAGAUGGCGGAGGAUGGAGUGGAAGGUGGGAUGUUAAAGCCCGUGACCGUGGCUGGGUAAUGGUAUUACCAUACAACAAAUCACGGGACGCAGAGCUUUCGGUCCUUCUCAGUUCCCUCCUUCGCCGCAAACCCGCGAUCCCGCCCUUCUCGACCACGUCCCACCUCCUCAAUUCCUUACUCCAUCAUCAUGGCUGGACGCAAGACUUUGUUGGCGCCGAUCCACUUUAUUUUCAGCCUGCUACAGAAGCGCAGCACGGUUUCGAUCUGGUUGUACGAGCAGCUCGCCUUCCGUAUUGAGGGCAAGAUCAGGGGCUUUGAUGAGUUCAUGAACCUCGUUGUCGAUGACGCGGUGGAAGUGCGCCUAGCUACCAAGACUGAGGAGGAAAAGCGCCGGCCUCUCGGCCAAAUUUUGCUCAAGGGCGACAACGUCUCCCUCAUCCAGGCCGUUUGAAGCUAGAAUACAUCUCAUGUCACGACGCCUCGCAUCGAUCUCGUUUCCUUUAUACCUUUCUGUCAAUUGUUCGACCUACGACCUGCGGUCCAGGUACCGCCCAUCACCCACCACGAUGGCAUCGAUCAGCCAGUCAUGUUCCAUGACGGGAAUAUCCGCGGCGAGCAGCUGCUCCUGGAGAGACAUGGCCACUAGAGUAACGGAGUUUUAGCUUUUUUUUUCUUCUUUUUGGGACAACGGGAAAAGAACAUCUGGGAAAUUUUAUUUUGGCUUUCUUCAUCGUUCUUGGCCGAGGGAGUUUCCUUACCUAGGAAUGGCAUCUUGCUGCUCCAUUGAGAAUACCGCGUGAGAAAAUGGUCAUAAUAUCCUUUUCCAUGUCCAAGCCGUCGAA